AUGUUAUCUCGUGAGAACUCCUCUCUCUUCUUUUUCAAUCCCCUCUCUCGUCAAAAGAUUGAACUCCCUUAUCGCAACUCUAUCUUCAAUGCUGUCACCUUCUCUGCCCCUCCAACUGAUCCAAAUUGCACCAUCUAUGCCUUUGUCAUGCCCACUUUCAAUGGCAAACUCUAUGUCGACACUUUUUGUGUCAGUCAAGAAAAUAAGAAGUGGAUUCGUCAUGCCUUCAAACCUAGUUCGGGCGAAUGUGACAGCACUCUGGUCGGAGCAAUUUGCUGCAAUGGAGUUGUCUACUGCGUGGACUCGUUUGGAAAAAUCAGUAUAUUUGAUGCUCAAGAGAGCAGUUGGACCCGUCUUGCUUUCGCGAAAGACAAGGGUUUUGGGAGGGUUUGUAACCCAUACUUGGCUGAAUUCAAUGGAGACAUUUACGCUGGAAAGUUAGGGGCUCACGGGGUUCUUGACAAAGUUUAUAAACUGAAGGUUGAUGAUGGGGUGACUGAGUGGAUGGAGCUUAGAGAUUUGGAUGAUGUCAAUUUGUUCUUGGGGCCGUACGGGUCGUGUGCUAUGUCUUCAAAGGAGAAGAAGAUUUUUGUUUCCGUAUCAGACUGUGUUUUAUAUAAUUUCGACGGUGAUGGUGAACUCAAGAAGGAUACGAGGUUUGAUAUCGCAAACUCUAGCUGGUCGGAUGUGCCAAUUUGGAUUGAAGACUGGAGUGAAACUGUGAAUACUUUUCUUAAUGAUUGA